AUGAAGGUUUUGUUAUCAAUAUUUCUUCUAAUACAGACAAUUUGGUCAUUCCAAUUACCAUUCACCGUACCAGAUGUGUUCAGUUCGCUGCUGCGGAAGCAUACUCACUAUUCAAAGUUAAACCCACAAGAUCACCCAAUUGAUUUGCUGCAGUACAAGGAGGAUGUGGUGAUCAGAGUAUCGUAUGCGAAUUCCCCAUCUUUGAAGGAGUUCCUCACAAAAUCGGAGGUCACGUUUAAUAAAUGGGGUAAAAACAACAAUCAACAGACAGUUGAUAUCCAAAUUAAUGAGGAGGAGCUCGUCAAAUUGAUUGAAAAGUUUCCAUCUUUGGAGUACCACACCAUCAUUGAAGAUUUACCCCAGCGCAUUUAUGAAACUUUCCCAUUACAAGAGCUGCAAGUAUUUGCACAAGAUGAUGAUUUCCAUGUACAAUCAGAGCUUUUUUUCAAAGAAUACCGUGAGUUGGCUACAAUUGAAUCUUGGUUGAACUUGUUACAAUCUACUUUUCCCGAUGUUGUCAAGAUUGAAGAUAUUGGAGAAACUUUUGAGCACAAGAAACUCAAUGUAGUCCACUUUUCAGUUCCAAACGGUGACGUGGAGCACAAGGAUAAGAAAACCAUUGUCAUCACCGGUGGUGUUCAUGCUCGUGAAUGGAUUUCUGUGUCGAGUACCUUGUACUUGAUUUACCAAUUGAUCAAACUUUACAGCGCCUGGCCCAACUCGAAAAUAUUGACUCAGUUAGACUUUUUGUUCAUUCCAGUCAUCAACCCUGAUGGGUAUGAGUAUACUUGGACAAAUGAUAGGUUAUGGCGUAAAAAUCGGCAAGAAACCCCCAUUCCAAAGUGUUUUGGAAUUGAUAUUGACCAUUCCUAUGGGUACCACUGGACUAAAUCAUCUGAUUGGGCUUGUGGCGAAGAAUACAGUGGGGAAGUGCCCUUUGAGGCGUUUGAAUCUCGCUUGUGGGAUGAAUAUUUGAACAAAACUAACAAGGAUCAUAAUAUUUACGGUUACAUCGAUUUGCAUUCGUAUUCCCAGGAGAUUUUGUAUCCUUACGCGUACUCGUGCAAUCAGCAACCAAGAGAUGAAGAGAACUUGAUUGAAUUGGCUUGGGGUAUAGCCAAAUCAAUAAGAAUGAAACUGGGUACGAACUAUAAUGUUUUACCGGCAUGUAUUGACAAGGAUUCAGAUCUAUUACCGGAUUUGGGGUCAGGCUCAGGAUUGGAUUAUAUGUACCACAACCGAGCAUAUUGGGCUUAUCAGUUUAAGUUGCGUGACACAGGUGGCCAUGGAUUCUUGUUGCCUGCUAAAUAUAUCGAGCCAGUCGGCGAUGAAAUUGCUUCCGCCAUUUUGUACUUUUGCAAGUUCAUACUUAGUGAUGAGAGAUAA